GCGCUAUGUUGUUAUGACUGGAUGCUGACGUUCGGUCAUGAAGUCGACCUGAUAUGGAAGAGCAAGCAAUCCCCAGUGACGAUCCUCUUUUACGGAAUACGCUACCCAGCUCUGUUGAAUACUGUCAUUGAGAUGCUCAGCCGCAUCUCGUGGCGAAGUUGGCAUCAACCCACAGCUUUCGGAUCCCUACGCAUAUACGCCACCUUCGACCGUAACCCUUGGAUAGUCAUUACCGUCCUCCUCAUUGGCGUGGUGAACCCCAUCAUUACAGUUGUGAGUACGCUACGAGCAUCACUGUGA